AGAAAAGUCAACAUGGAUAAGAUCCUUGAAGCCAUCCUGAUGUCGUCUUACCCCGACCAUGUGAAGCAAGGGUUGGUGAGGCGGGUCAUCGAGGCUUCGAAGCAGUCCAUGGACAGCGAGCAGUGCUGGUCAAUGCUUGAGCUUUCUACCAAGCUCUUCCUGGUGGGCGACACCAAGUUCAAGCGGUCGGUCGGCAAAGAGAUCUUGGAAGCCUUCGGCCUUUACCACCGAGAGGCUUUCGAGGAGUUCUUCAACGUCCGUUUCCUCCUCAGCCUCCUUCAGGAGGGCUAUGGCCCUCUCGGGAAAAGAAGCCUGUACGUCUUUGAUUAUAUCCACCUGGGGUUGCCCUUCGUUCUGGGCAGCCCGUUGGCCAACGACAUUUUCGGCCUGCUGAGGACGGAGGUUCUCCGGAAGGUCUGCGAGAGGCCGGGGCUAAAGCAGUGCGUGAAAAUCAGCAAGCUCUUAACCCAAUACCCUCAGUGUAUCCCCACGGGCAAACGCCAGGCCCUCUUCUGCCAGCAGCUCAUACGAAGCAUUGGGCAAUUCCACCCCGUCUCAGGCAGAGAAGAGGUCAUCGUGGACUUCCUAGACCACGUGAUCAAAGUGGGCAUCUUGCUGCAGAAGAUAUGGAAAGCUCAGAUGUCCUCCAUCCUCCCCUCCUUGAAAGAACUCUUCAUGAUCAUUUCAUCAACGGAACAUCAGCAAGCACCAUCCAUUGCCUUAGCCAGCGUGGUGCAAUACGUUCCACUAGAGCUGAUGGAUGGGAUCCUAAGAAACCUCACCAAUGAUGACAGCAUAACAGAUGUGCAGAUGAUGAUGGCCAUGGGCAGGAUGAUUGAAUGGGUCUCGUGGCCACUGGGGAAGAACAUAGACAAAUGGAUCAUAGCCCUGCUGAAAGGCUUGGCUGCGGUGAAGAAGUUCAGCAUCUUGAUUGAAGUCACACUUUCCAAAAUUGAGAGGGUGUUUUCCAAGUUGCUAUACCCUAUUCUGAGAGAGGGAGCACUCUCUAUUCUGCGUUAUAUGUUGCUCAGCUUCCAACAUUCUCACGAGGCAUUUCACUUGCUUCUCCCGCACAUCCCUAGAGUGGUGGCUGCCCUCAACAAGGAGAAUUCCAAUUCUGCCACCAGCUGUCUGGAGCAACUGGCUGAGCUGGUCCAUUGCAUGUUCUUCCGUUUCUCGGGAUUCCCGGACCUCUACGAACCCGUCGUGGAAGCAAUCAAAGCCCUGCCAAUUCCCAACGAAGACCGAAUUAAACAUCUGCUUGGGCAGAACGCUUGGACUUCCCAGAAGAACGAAUUGGCCAGUUUUUAUCCCCGCCUGGCUUCCAAGUCUGAAACAGGGAAAAUAGGGUUAAUUAACCUGGGGAACACCUGCUACAUGAACAGCAUCAUCCAAGCUCUCUUCAUGGCCUCAGACUUCAGGCGUUCGGUGCUGAAUUUAGCGGAGGACAAUUCCCAGCCCCUGAUGGCGAAGCUGCGUUGGCUGUUUGCCUUUCUAGAACACAGUCAGCGGCCAGCCAUCUCACCCGAAUGCUUUUUUUCGGCUUCAUGGCCUCCCUGGUUCACCCGGGGAGCGCAGCAGGACUGCUCCGAAUACCUGAAGUAUCUCCUCGAUCGGCUCCACGAAGAAGAGAGAACAGGAAGAAGAAUUUACCAGAAACUCAAAGAGUCCACCCUGAUGUCUCAAGCUGACCCACUGCACUCCGCAAACAAGACUCUAGUUGAAAAAAUGUUUGGUGGCAAAAUUAAGACGAAAAUCCGUUGUCUGAAGUGCCUAAAAGUCUCCUCAAGAGAAGAAGCCUUCACUGACCUCUCCUUGGCUUUCCCACCAGCUGAUAAGCAUGUGCCUAAACCCACUGGCAGUACCUCAGUUUUACCUGUAGAAGAAAUGGGCCCACAGACCACCCAGCCAAGCGCAGAAGUGAAAAGUAGGCCGAGCGAUUCUCCAAGGAGAUCAGGGAAGCUCACCCCACCUGGAGAGGGUCCUUCCAAAGUGUUGCCGGUUGAAACGUUGAGGCCAGAAGGUCAAGAGAUGUCUUUCCCUUUGAGAUCCGAGCGAGAUGCCUUUGGUGUGAAGCCUGACGAAGACUCGGUGUUGACUUUGCGGGAGCAAGUUUGUGGUGCAGAGGGGUCCAGAUCCGUCCCUGACUUGAUCAAUUACUUCUUAUCGCCCGAGACGCUGACCGCGGAGAACCGAUAUCACUGUGAAAAUUGUGCGUCCCUUCAAGAUGCAGAGAAGCUGGCCGAACUCACCGAGGGGCCUCACUACCUCAUCCUCACCCUGCUGAGGUUCUCCUUCGACCUCAGAGCCAUGAGGAGAAAGAAGAUCCUUGACAACGUCUCGGUCCCGUUGGUGUUGAAGCUGCCCAUCCUGACGUCCUCGGAGGAAUUGAGCAGUGGUGCUCCAACGAGGAGCGGUGGGCGAGCUUCACCGUGCAAGGGCUUUGCUUCAGUGGUGUAUGACCUCUGCAGCGUGGUGGUGCAUUCUGGAGUCUCCUCAGAGAGUGGCCAUUACUACUGCUAUGCCAGGGAGUGUGAAGAUGUUGCCACAGAAAGCGACCCAAAGGGUGCUUCUGUGAACAUCACCGCAGAGAAACCUUCGGAUGUUGCGAUCCAGUGGUACCUCUUCAACGACACCAGGGUCUCCUUCUCGUCUUUCGAGUCGGUUAGCAAUGUGACCUCCUUCUUGCCCAAGGACACCGCUUAUCUGCUGUUCUACAGACAGAGGAUGAUUCAGUCAAAAAACACGGGGCACGAGACCGCUGCAGAGUCUGCCUGGGUGAAUGGAGACUUGCAUUCUCCAGAUAAAAGCCUGAUGGAAGCCAUUGAGAAGGAUAACAUUCUCUACUUGCAGGAGCAGGAAAAGGAAGCCAGAAGCCGAAGUGCCUACAUUUCCGCCUUGCCCAAAUCCCCUCUUUGGUGGAAGGACUUUGACAGGGACGACAAUGACGACGGUUCCUCAGGAGGUUGCGGGCACGAUCCCGGCGGAGGAGGAUCGAGCUCUUUUCAUGGACUUGUCUUCUAGCCAGGCCACGUUUGCCUGACACUCAAAUGGCUAACACUGUAACCAUCAAGCAAGACUCCUCAGCACUCAAGACUUUGGGCUUUGAAUUCUUAAGACCAGGAAUACUAGGCCCGCCAUGGGCGGAGACAGUAUUACCAAACGGUUGGACCCUCAUGCCCAUUGAUCUCUGGGAACUGUAGUUUUCUGACAGGGUGGUGGACAGUAAAUUCUCAGCCCUCCUCCCAGAACUACACUUCCUAGGCUUUGCAGAAGGAAGAUGUAAUACUGUCCAACUUAGUUCGUAGCGUAUUGAAAUGAACCCACCGACAUCCACUCUCUCCUCAUAGAAAUGUGGGGAAAUCCUUACAUGACAUCCCUUCACCGUCGUCUUUUCUGUCAAUUCAGGGACUACAGUACCAUAAGCUGGGCUUAAUCGACGACUUAAGGAAAUUGCUACCGACACAAACUCUGUCGCGCGAUACCUUUACAAAGCAAAAGUGUAGCUGUGUUAGGAGGUUGAAUUGUUGAGCUGGUUUGAAUCAUCGUUCUCCAUGGAUAAGUUGAGUGAAAUGAGGUCGAAGGAAGUGGCAGCUUUUGGAGGUAAAACAAUAAGGAGGUUUAUUUAGGCAAAAGGGCAAAGACGUUAAUGAUCAGGUCUAGCCUUUGGUGUUUAGAUUCCCUAGGUGGGUAACAUGAGGCCCGUGAGCCACAUGUAGGCCCUAUGGGGCCCGCCAUCACUGCACCAACGAAAUUUGCGGUGGCAGCAGCAACAACGAAACCGUUUACUGCUGAAUUUCGGUGCCAAACCACGACCGAGUGGUGAAACGGCCCCUAUUUUGCUGGAGAACAAGCUAAAGUUGGCCUUUUUACUGCUCCAAAGAGGUUUCUGCUGCUAAAAUUUAACAGCAAACUGCCAGGUUAUUU